CUUAAACAGGGCGGAUGUUAUGGACUAUGGUUCACUGGGCUGCACAUUUCUCUGCAGUGCCUCUCUCGAAGAGGCUAUCUCACACGAUUUUCCAAAUCCAUGUAGGAAAGUUUGUGCAUCCUGAUGCAGAAAAAGGACUUGGAUAGUGCUGGAAAAAGCCCAUGGGUCAUCAUUUCUCAACGGGCAUUUGAAUCAUCUGACUGUGACUAACAACAAAUGAAUUGUUGAAAACGAUGGCCUCGUCUUCCCGUGACUCCACAGUGACCAUCAUGCUCCAGAUAUGUGUGAUGUUCUGUUUGCUGUCAGUUGUCUUCUCCCAGUCAACGUAUUCCUCACCCAAGAGAGGUCGCAACAUCACCAUCCACUCCUCCCAGCUGGUCUGCAGUCUGCCAGGACCUGCAGGGCCACCAGGGAACCCCGGAGCCCCUGGAUCACCAGGCGCCAUGGGCCCCAUGGGGUCCCCGGGAAAAGAUGGCCCGGAUGGGAAGGAUGGAGAGAAGGGAUUAAAGGGAGAUAGAGGUGAUCCGGGGAGGCCCGGGAACCCAGGCAAGCCAGGUGUCAAAGGACGUGAAGGUGUUAUCGGCAAGGCUGGACCUCGAGGGUUGAAGGGGCUACGAGGAACACCAGGGGUUGCUGGAAAGCGAGGACUAAAAGGAGAGCUGGGUGGGGUGGGCCAGCAGGGAGCUCCCGGAGGCUGCAACUGUGGCCGUGCAGCCCGAUCUGCCUUCUCUGUGGCGGUGACAAAGAGCUACCCUAAAGAGCGACUGCCCAUCCGCUUCAGCAGGAUCCUGCUGAAUGAGGGGAACCAUUACAACGCCAGCAGUGGGAAGUUUGUCUGCGCUGUCCCCGGGGUGUAUUAUUUCACAUAUGAUAUCACUCUGGCAAAUAAGCACCUGGCCAUCGGCCUGGUCCACAAUGGACAGUACAAAAUCAAGACAUUUGAUGCAAAUACAGGGAACCAUGAUGUGGCAUCUGGUUCUACUGUUCUCCACCUGCUGCAGUCAGACCAGGUCUGGCUGCAGAUCUUCUACUCUGAGCAGAAUGGACUCUUCUUUGACCCUUUCUGGACAGACAGCACCUUCACUGGCUUUCUUAUCUACGCUGACCAGGACUAUCUCAAUGAGGCUGAUAGAAAGGCUAAUGCUCAGGAUGACAGUUAAUACUGAUAUAUGUUUGAUUAUUUUUUAAAUAAUUGGCUUAAAAUCAUGUCAAAAUGUUGUGAAAUCCACUUUUGAAGCGGUUGCUCUGUGACAGUAGGGUUAAAGUUCUGACACCAGGGGGCACAAGUAAACCACAGUUAGGAACCCACUUUAGUGAUUUAAUGUUUAAAGGUCAUGUGUUUUGGUUGCAAUAUCCUUGCUGAUUCUGACAAAAUCCUUUUAGUAUCUCCAAAAAAGUAACAGAAUUAUUUUUAUUUCUGUGGUUCUUUCAUAUUUAUAAUACAAGAGCUGCAAGGUUUAAAACAGGUUUAAAACAAACAGCAUUCGUUUCAGUAGGACAUGGCACAAAGCUGUCUUCUAUAAUGUUGAUUUUUUUUAAAUACACAAAGAUUGAGAUGUUCCUACGCACACAAGAUGAUGUGUGUGUGACAUUAUCCCUAAAUUCAGUAAAUCCAAAAAAAUGUCUGUUUGACUAGUAAACAUAAUUUUUUUUACUGUAUGUAUAUUUGAUACUGUAAUUUCUACAUUCACAUUUUUUUUAAACAUACAGUGAUGCAUUAAAAUUUUGGCUUGACACAACUAAAAUAGCUAACAUGUUUUUAGCAUACAUUACUGCAACAUGCCCAAAGUGGGGUCUGUGUACCAUCAGGUGAGACAGUUCCCUGAAUAAACAGAAAUAUAAGAAAUA